AUGGGGUCUAUAAGGUUUGGAAUAAAGGUGACGGGAUUUUCAUCAGAUGGAAAUACCAGACUGCUGAAAACAAUGCGCCUAAAUUCGGUCUUGCCUAUUUCGAAUGGAUAUGAAACCUCAAAAACGACUAAAAGUGCUUCUGAAUCAAAACCUAGAUUAGAACGAAUGGAUAAGUCCCCUGAAAUAAGGCAGCUGAAUGAGUGGAAGUGGUAUCAAAUACGCUGCGAUGACGAAGAAUGUGAGAUUUGUUUCGUGCAGGAUAUUGUCCAUAUUUUAACAAAACUGAAAGUUAGACUUUUAAAUUUAGCUGUAACUUUACAUAUGGGAAACUACAUCGCUGGUAACAACCACCUACAAGCCCUAGCCAGAGAUGUCUCGAAAGAUCAGCAUUUAUUGACAGCUACUGAUUUGAAAGGAGAGGACAAAAUGAAUUUUGAAGCCGUAGAAAAGAUGUGCUUACUGAAAGUUAUAGAUCAUUUGAAAAAAAAAUACCUAAAAUUCCCACCUAAACGCACCAAAAAAAUUAAAACUACUAAGCGCGACGAUACCUCGUCGAAAACUGAAGAAGAGGAUAAAGUCACUGCUUUCGAUGACAGUACUGAUACGGAAGUUUUCGAUUCUAAUAAAUCGGACGAUGAUUCAGACUAUAGCCAGUCUGUGAUUGAGACACAAGUUGGUGAUGCCCUUGAAACAAAACGUUCUACGAAAGUUGAAGUGACAAACAAAACUGAUGAGCUUUCAGUUGACAGUUUUGUUUUUUGUUCAUUUAUAUAUAAUCAAGGUACCAAAAUGGAAAAACAAAAAAAAUUCAUUGCUCAAGUGAUAAAAAAAGAAAAAUCGAAUAUUACUGUUUCUUGUAUGCGUUACAAUGAAAAAAGAAGUUUCCAUUUUCAGAUGUUUGAUUUAAAAGUGCAAUACUUUUAUUAUUGA